UGUUGACAGUCGUUGCCCAGUUUACGUCGCAUAAUAACAAGUCACUGCCACUGCUAAAGGGGAGUUGAACAGUUGUUAUGGCUCUGAAGAGAAUACAGAAGGAACUCCAUGACCUCCAGAGGGACCCUCCAUCGCAGUGUUCAGCUGGACCUGUGGGAGAGGACUUGUUUCAUUGGCAAGCAACAAUUAUGGGCCCAGGUGACAGUCCAUACCAGGGCGGUGUGUUCUUCCUCACAAUCCACUUUCCUACAGACUACCCCUUUAAACCGCCAAAGCUAGCCUUCACAACUAAAAUAUACCAUCCCAACAUAAACAGCAAUGGUAGCAUAUGUCUGGACAUCCUGAGAUCACAGUGGUCUCCUGCCCUCACUGUAUCGAAAGUUUUAUUGUCCAUAUGUUCUCUGUUAUGCGACCCAAACCCAGAUGACCCUUUAGUACCCGAUAUUGCACACAUCUACAAAUCGGACAAAGACAAAUAUAACAGACUAGCAAGGGAAUGGACUCAGAAGUAUGCCAUGUGAAGCUUUGCCAUAGGGUUGCAGGAUAGCGUUUGCCCUGUGUUGACAUAUUACAAAUCCCAAAGUACUGUACACAUUUGAAGUUGUUGCUGAAGCAAAAAGUCUUUUUAUACAUAAGCAAUCUGCCUGGGGUGAGGGAGGGGGGGCAGUGGUGUUCUUUAAAGAAAUUGUUUUGUAACACUAACAAUCACUUCUCAUUGAACUGCUGAGUUGAGCCAUCAGGUAGAGGAAAAUUAUUUCAUAUUCCUCAUGAUUAUAGGUACUUUUCUUCUUUUGUCUUUUUUUUUUUUUUUCAAAAAGAAUCUUUUAAUGUAUAGUUUAUAAAGCUAUACUGUAUCUAUUUGUAUUAUUUUGCAUUAAAAGCUUAGGGGAGGAUUUGAAAUA